AUGGCACGGCUGCGCGAGAUGUCGGAUUACGUCCCGUUGAACGCCAGCAGCGUGGAAGCGUUCAUGAAGAAGUUUCGAAGCGGCGGCCAUGAAGACUUGGAAUGGCACAUCCUUUGGAUGGUGUGCGCCCACGAGCAACUUUGGGUGGCGGAGGCGCACCCAUUGGAGUUCACGGCCUUCAAGGAGCGUAUGAAGGCCCAGUGUCCUGAAUGGGUCGUGGACGUGGGGUUGAUUGCGCGACGAGGAGACGAGACGAUGCUGGAGUACAUCAGCAUUUUCGUCUACUCGUUGGUGGGGCUAGGACGGGGUGGUCGGCACGGGAAGUGGCCGAUGUCGACAACGGAGUUGGCCAAUGCGCUGACUAACUUCGCGAUGAACCGGCACGCGAAGUACCAUCGUCUUCAAGGCGCCGUCGUCGCACGGAUCGCGACGCGCGUAGCAUGGCGGCGCGAUCAUGAGGGCAAAUCGACGACCUGA